UGCCUGUGCAAGUUCUAUUUUGGUACGCGGUGUCGAGGACCGAUACGCGCAUGACCGGCAGCUAUCUUGUAUACUCUGUGUCGAGUCAGUCCGCACGCCGCACCACCAAGCGCGGCCGCGCGCCGCGUCCCGACAACAAAUAAAAACAAACGCGACGCAACGAACGAACGUGAACGUAAAAAACACCAGUGUGAACCAACCAGUGAUUUCAUUUAUUAUAUUACCAACACCAGCUUUAUUGUUUUCAUCCUGUUUCCAAAUAAUAAAUCUACGAUAAUGCGGCGAAACGUCAAAAUCCUGUUCCUAGUAGGAGCUGUGUGGAUGUUUUUCCUAUUUUACUACAUGCAGCCUGACACAACGCAGUCUAAGGAAGAAAACAUAGCACUCCGUUUAAUAAAGCAACACUCAGACAUCGAAGAACCUGAAAGCAGUCCAGCAUCACCUGAGGAACCCUCCACUGGAAACACUGGAACCACUGGAAGAGCAUACUUUGAUGAAACUGGUUACGUGAAUGGAGGAGCCAGGGAUUCAGACCCUUAUGUGAGGAACAGGUUCAACCAGGCCGCAUCAGAUCACCUCCCCAGUAAUAGACCAGUGCCUGAUACAAGGAAUGCUAUGUGUCGACUAAAGAAAUACGACGAUGACUUACCGCAGACCAGCAUCAUCAUCACAUUCCACAACGAAGCCAGAUCCACACUGCUGAGGACCAUCGUCAGUGUUUUAAAUAGGAGUCCGGAGCAUCUGAUCAAGGAAAUUAUCCUGGUCGAUGACUUCAGUGAUAACCCCGAGGACGGGGCAGCUCUCCGCGCGAUCCGCAAGGUGAAGGUGAUUCGGAACUCGAAACGCGAGGGUCUGAUGAGGUCCAGAGUCCGAGGAGCUGAUGCUGCAGUGGCUCCUGUGCUCACCUUCCUCGACUCCCACGUGGAGUGCAACGUGCAUUGGCUGGAACCGCUGUUGCAGAGGGUGAAAGAGGACCCAACUCGAGUGGUCUGUCCAGUGAUCGAUGUGAUCAGUAUGGACACAUUCCAGUACAUCGGAGCGUCGGCGGACCUGCGCGGCGGCUUCGAUUGGAACCUGGUGUUCAAGUGGGAAUACCUAGGACACGCCGAACGCAGCGCUCGGCUGAGUGACCCCACCCAGGUGAUCCGGACCCCCAUGAUAGCUGGGGGGCUGUUCAGCAUGGACCGCAAGUACUUCACCAAGCUCGGCAAGUACGACAUGAAGAUGGACGUCUGGGGAGGAGAGAACUUGGAGAUCUCGUUCAGGGUUUGGCAAUGCGGUGGUUCGUUGGAGAUCGUUCCUUGCUCCCGAGUGGGCCACGUCUUCAGAAAGCGACACCCCUACACCUUCCCUGGCGGUUCUGGAGCAGUCUUCGCGAGGAACACCAGGAGAGCUGCUGAAGUCUGGAUGGAUGAUUACAAGGAGCUGUAUUAUCGGUCUCAGCCGUUGGCCAAGCAGGUUGAUUAUGGAGACAUAUCAGAACGAGUGGCUCUUCGUCAGAAGCUUCACUGCAAGCCUUUCCGUUGGUACCUAGAACACGUGUAUCCAGAACUGCAAGUACCAGCUUUAACUGAAGCCGCUCAUGUCAUCAAACAGGGAGUCAGGUGUCUAGAUACCAUGGGACAUCUUGUCGAUGGGACCUUAGGAAUGUACCCCUGCCACUACACAGGCGGCAACCAAGAAUGGCGUUUCGAGAACGGUCUCAUCCGUCACCAUCGUCUCUGCGUCUCCCUCUCAUCCGAAGACCGUGUCACAGCAGUCCUGGCUGCCUGCGACCCUACAGACGAAUCACAGGUUUGGCGACGACAAGGACCCUUGAUCAGACAUGCCAAGCUCGACGCAUGCCUCGAUACAGAAAGACCAGCCCUCUACAUAGAACAAUGUGAUGAAGACAAGCCAAGCCAACAGUUCAACUUUUAAAGACAAACAGUACCAGAAAGUAUGAGAUCAAAACCAGUGAAGAAACAUCUCCAAGGAGAUGUGGAUCAAACGACAGACAACACUACAGAAGAAUCACGUUCUUCUGUACCUACCUAUAUUUAAAGAGAUAAAGAAUUUGUUCUCGGUUUCAAUACACAUAAUUCCAAUACUGUAGAUUCGAUAAGUACUUCUGCAGAACCAAUUGUAGCUGGGAAUGAGUUAGACGGAGAAGAAGAAGAAAUGAUUAUGAACAAAGAAAGGCGAGUAGAGGGAUUCGAUGCGAUGCGGGAUGCGAUUAAAAGGGAUAGUGAUCUAAACAUUAUCAGGGAUAUAGUCACAAAUAAGACUUGUAAUACUUCGCUUUACACCACAUUAGCUUCGGUACGAGAGUACCCCUAGUAUUAAGGCACCACAAUCUUCCUCUCACGUAGUAAGGUGCCAAAUUAAUUUACCAUUUUGUAAAUAUUAUUUUAAGUGUCACAACUUUUAACAUUCCAUUUUUGUUACGUCACAAGAAAUCUUUUAGAUUAUUUGUAUUACGUUUUUCAACCUUAUUAACAUCACAUUAUAUAUAUAAUUUAUGUUUAUUAUAUAUAGUUUGUAUAAUUAACUAAAACUUUAGUAUAAAGUAGUUACCAUUACUAUAGUUAGUUCACUAUAAGUGCCGGGAAUGUGGAAUGUGGAUAUAUUUGUAAAGAAUACUUAGGGAAUACAGAAUUAUAAAGAUUGGUGUGGGAGAUUACACCUUUUAUUGUAUAGAAUAGUUAUCAAGGAACAUACAAAAUGAGUCUCUGUAGUUUUCUUAGUUUAUUAGUAGAUUUUCUUGAGUAUCUAAGAAGAAUAUUUUAGUGCUCAAUUAAAUGUUUUUACGGUACUUUAUUCAACUCAGGCAGGUUCUCGAAAUAAUUAUGUUUAGUGAAACUAUAUUUUGCUUGGGGAUUAAUUUUUUUUUAUGUAACAUCUGGAGGGAUUAUAUCUUUAGUAAAAUAAUCAUUUCAUCAUCAUUUAACUUCAUGUGCCGGCAGCUUAAACUACUCUAAUUUGUCAAAUUACAUAUAUGACUCUCAACUACAGAUACCAGCCAUGUUUAUGGUCAAUUGGUAUCUAGGAAUAAUUCUUCGAACUAUAAAUAUAAAAAAUAUUCAGUAAUGGCAAAACUUCGUCAAAGUCUUGUAUUCAUUUUGAGUUUGUUUAUAAAAUUGUUUACUAAGGAAUUCCUUAUUCAAUAUUUUAAAUUUAAUUCCUCAAAAUUAAUCCAAAUAUUCUGAAACAAUCUGUACAUUGAUGGAUUUUGACAGUUUAGGGUAGUUUUAAUUGCCGGUAUUUAUCUGGUAGGUAUAUUACAAUACAUAUAUUAAAUUAAGAACAGUAAAUUAGUAUGUUCUCGCCUUACAGUACAAGCUACGAUCACAAUAUUAGUUAAUAUUAAUAUUUAAUGUAAGUUUAUUAAUUUUAUUUAAGAUGCUCAAAGAACAUUACAUAAAAAAGACAGUUAUGAUAAGAACCUACCUUUGAAAAAUCACGCUCUCGAAAAGUAAUCUGUUUAUAAGAACAAAUCUCGAAAACGGCUGAUUUGAUUUGGAUGAAACGUUUUUCAAGGGAUUGUCUACAUUCUGGAAAGGUUUUUAAAUAUAUAUCAGGUUUGUCGAAUCAGCUAGUCUGAAAUAAAAAUUAAGGCCUAAAUUGUUUACCUAAAAUCUCUUAUCUAUGUAUAAAAUAGGUUAAUCGUUUAAUACUCGUUAUAUUAAGUUAAAUAUUUUUAUUUACAAUUGUUAUUUUAAUUUCCAAAAAGUAUUAAUUUAUUGUAAAUACGUUCGUCGUUUUGUACUUUUUUCUUUUCCUUUUAAUUAGUAACUGAAAAUUUAAUAUUGGUGUGAAACCAACUUCAAGUGAAUGGAAUGAGUGAAUGAAUUUGAAUGAACUAAACCAACGUUUGAAUGAGUUUUCCAUCAAGACACCACAAAAACUGCCAUGGUAAAAAAUACACUGAAAAUGACUUGCAAGGUUUCAAACAUUCAAUUAUUAUGAAUUGUAUAAUGUGUGCUCAAUAUUAAUCAAACACUAAAUAAACGAAUUUUGUAGAAAUGGACAAUACCAUAGUUACUAUUAUGGACAAAUACCUAAUUAUUAUGAACGAACUACAAUAUCGUGUAGGCAUUACAGAUUGUAGAUUAUAUUCUAGAAAUUUUAACCAAAAUUAAGCGGAAUUUUAUUGAAUCAAUUUUGUUAAUAUAAAGCAUCAAAUUUAAAUUAUGUGGUCUUUGGAAAUUAUCAAUAUUAUUUGUCUUGAGUGAUAUUUUAAUUUGAUUAUUUUUGUUUAAAAAAACCAUUGCCCAUAUCGAUUGAGUGGAAAUUAAACAGAAGUAUUUUAUAUUGUUCAUGAUAAAAUUAUAGAAAAAAAAAUACAAUUUUUAGUAUAAUGGGCAGCUUUCACUAGCUAUAUUCAAUGUAGAAAAAUAACUUCGAUACUUGCACGUUAACAAACGCGUCUAUUUAAGAAUACGAACAUUCCUAAGUAAUAUUAAUAUUGUAAUUCCAACACAAUUUAUGUAAAUAAAUUUAUAUUAUAUAUAUAAUAGCAUACUUUGUACUUAUGACAAAUAUAUGACUUUAAUAUAGAUUCAAAAUAUCAUCUACAUUAUGUGCACUAUAGCACCAUCUAGAUAGAGCACAAUAAGUAGAUAAUAAAUUAAUAAUAAAUAAAACUUGUAAACUUUAUUGAAAUUUUUAUUAUUUUUGUGGUAAGAGGCAAAAUGACUGCCCUAGUCAGAUUUUGUUGAAACGACAUUUUGUUUGUUCAGGUUUAAACUAAAGAAAAAUGGGUGAUUUUAUUUUAGUGAAAAAUUUCAUUUGGUUAAUAAAACUACGUUUGAAGAAUG